UACUGGUGCUUCAGAAAUGAAAAAUAUGUCAGUGUGAUUGAGUUUCUUCAAUGCUAUAAUGAAAUAUCAUUAGGCUAUUUUAAUGGACUUAUAAAAAUAUUUGACCUUGAUUCAGGAAAACCUUGUGGAACCUUCAUUGGGCAUACAAAACCAGUGAAGAAAAUAUCAUUUAAUCAAAUUGGUGACCAAUGUGUCAGUAUUAGUGAUGACAAAGGAUUUGUUUGGGAUCCUUUUAAAUUUGAAAAAUUAUUUCUGAUUGAACCCCAUGAGAAUUCUAUCAUACUAGGAGCCAUGUUCAUCCCUUGGUAUUACAAAUUUAUUGUUCAUACAAGUGACAAUCUACUUUCCAUUUGGCACUCCAGAAAGGGGUGCUUGGUAAAGACGCUUAAUGUCUUAGAAAUUCUUGGAAAUUGUAUAAGAAGUUUCUCCUUUAAAAAGUUAGUAUUUAAAAAACUAAAGUGUCAAUGUUAA